AUGGAUGUCUCACUUUAUGAUGCAGCAAUGGAGAAUGAGGGUUAUGCAUUUUAUAUGAUUGUCCCUAAUACUAUUAUGGUGAUAGAAUGGAUACUCUUGUUGUGUAUAUCAUUCCUUCAAUACAAAAGAAGUAUAUCAUGUGGGAAGACUAGUUACAUAUUCAUUGUAGGAUCUAUGUUCAUUCUUUUAAUGUUUGUGAGCACAGAACUGAAAUACACACCACCAAAUCCAUUUGUUAAGUGGAUAAAUGUAACUUUCCAAAUUAUCAUGUGGACACAAUGUGUUGUUCAGAUCUUAUUGUCCUUUUCAUUACUCUUCGAGAAAGACAAGUUGACCACUUUGCAGUAUAAAAAGUCAGUCAAAAGGAGAGCCCUCGACGCAGACAGAUCAUACUCUGGC